GCGAUGGGCAGCGAGGGAGAGCAGGACCCGGUGGGGCCGGGCGACCCGCGGGCGCUGCGCAGGGACUGCCAGCACCGGAUCUUCGUCAACCGCAGCCUGGCGCUGGAGAAGAUCAAGUGCUUCGGCUUCGACAUGGACUACACCUUGGCCAUGUACAAAUCGCCCGCCUACGAGGCGCUGGCCUUCGAGCUGCUGCUGGAGCACCUGGUCUCCAUCGGCUACCCCCGGGAGAUCCUCGGCCACCGCUACGACCCGGCCUUCCCCACCCGGGGGCUGGUGUUCGACACCCUCCUCGGCAACCUGCUCAAGGUGGACUCACACGGGAACCUGCUGGUCUGCGCCCACGGCUUGCGCUUCCUCAAGGGCACCGAAAUCCUCCGCUAUUACCCCAACAAGUUCAUCCAGCGGGAUGACACCAAGCGCUUCCACAUCCUUAACACGCUCUUCAACCUCACGGAGACCUAUCUCUACGCCUGCCUCGUGGACUUCUUCUCCAACUGCUCCAGAUACAUCAACUGUGACACCGGCUACAAGCAUGGGAACCUCUUCAUGUCCUUCCGCAGCAUGUUCCAGGAUGUGCGCGAGGCCAUGGACUACGUCCAUCUUUCGGGCUGCCUGAAGGAGAAGACGCUGGAGAACCUGGAGAAAUACGUAGUGAAAGAUCCCCGUGUCCCGCUGCUGCUGAGCCGCAUGAAGGAUGUGGGCAAGGUCUUCCUGGCCACCAACAGUGACUACAGCUACACUGAUGCCAUCAUGUCCUACCUGUUCGACUUGGAGGAUGAGGCAGGGAGCCCACGGCGCCCUUGGAGAUCCUAUUUCGACCUUAUCGUGGUGGACACCCGCAAACCGCUCUUCUUCGCCGAGGGCACCGUCCUGCGCCAGGUCAACACGGACACGGGGAAGCUGCGCAUGGGGACCUACACCGGCCCCCUCCAGCACUGCGCUGUCUACUCCGGAGGUGAGUGCCUGGCCCAUGUGGCGGCGGGGGGACACUGCAGUGGCCCCCCGCGUCCCCCACGGCCGGUCGGUCGGUUGCCCGCAGGCUCCUCGGACCUGGUGUGCGACCUGCUGGGCGUCAAGGGCAAAGACAUCCUCUACGUGGGCGACCACAUCUUCGGUGACAUCCUCAAGUCCAAGAAGCGGCAAGGCUGGCGCACCUUCCUCGUGGUGCCCGAGCUGGCCCGCGAGCUGCAGGUGUGGACGGAGAAGAGCGAGCUGUUCGAGGAGCUGCGGCGGUUGGAUCUCUUGCUAGCAGAGCUGUACCAGGAUUUGGACAGCAGCAGCAGCGAGCGCCCAGACAUCAGCUCCAUCAAGCAUCAGAUGCAGAAAGUCACGCACGAGAUGGACCUGUGCUACGGGAAGAUGGGCAGCCUCUUCCGCUGCGGCUCGCGCCAGACGCUCUUCGCCAGCCAGCUGAUGCGCUACGCCGACCUCUACGCCGCCUCCUUCCUCAACUUCCUCUACUACCCCUUCAGCUACCUCUUCCGGGCGGCACCCGCCUUGAUGCCACACGAGUCGACGGUGGAGCACGGCCGCCCAGACGCGGCGGAGGUGGGCACGGCGCCCCGGCUCAGCCACCCCGGCCAGCAGGUGGGUGCCAGGGGGAUGGCAGGGGGCGACGGCAGCACCCUGUCAGCAUCCCAGGCUCUGCGUGCCAACCCGGUCCUCCUCCAGGACUCCAACGGGAAGGAGGAUGAGGACGGCGAAGCCUGAGCCCAGGCAAGCGCCGAGGGCUGCUGAGCCAGCUCUGGGGGUGCCUGCUGCCCCCUCUGAGCCCCCUGAUGCCCGCUAGGCUCUGCCUCUCGUGUUUUUUACCCUUUUCUAUUUAUAAAAUAUGCUGAAACUC